CGGAUACCGAAGAACCGGUUUCAACGUUAUUAAGUGAUUUAUAUUGUGAAAAUUCUUUCACUAUAAUUACCUCUCCAUAAAAUGGGCCGGCUUUGGCACACCGUGCUGCUCAUUUCUCUGCUCGUUUAUGUGGCUAACUGCGAUAACGCAGUAGCCGGUGAGGACGAAAUAUCAUCUGCUACCGAUACCGCACCGAAAGCGAACACCGCAGAUAAUGAGAUUCCUCUUCCGAAGAGAUUGUCAUCUGACGAAGGAGUCACCAGUUCUCCAGACAGCGCGUCAUCUACCUCGGUAUCCGAGAACCAAAAAUCCCCAAACGCAACAGCAAUCAGCAGCAGAUCAGUGUCUAACCCAAAUGGAAUAAUUGACUUGACUAUGCCGAUGUUUACGGUCCCGUAUGACAGCUUCCAAAUCCAAGUCUUCAACACAACAUCCGAUGGGUCGACGCUGUUUUACGCACCGGCAGCAACUCUGUUGCCGGAUGGCGCUUCCAUUGGCGUGAAUGAUGAGACAAAUUCAAACUGUCUGUUCGUCUCCUUCAAACUCUGGGAUAAACCAUACAUCGCCGCUGUUCGAGACUAUGUUAACAAGUACGUUCCUCCAGCAGCUAAGUCUUUCCGGGUCUUUCCGUUGCCGUUCAAAUGGAUGCUGGUGGGAUACUCCACGAACGGUUUCAGCCGAGCGAUUAAAAACACAGCUUGGCAACCUAUUGCCAACAUGCCACCGACGGUCUCUGUGUGCAUCCACUGCCCAACCGUCGCGGCGUGCAACGAAACGCUGACCGCGCUGCAGACCGACAGUACAAAAUUUGCGUCGCGUCUUUUUCUGUCGUUUGCAACGAGCGCCCCAAAUGCCCGAUCCUCUCCAGUGUGUGUCGAUGCAGAGCGUCUCCCAAAAAACGAAAUUGUCAGUGCCCUUUCGGAACGCUUCGCCAAGGGAGAAAAGUACAUAUUUAUGCAACCCAGCGAUUACGCCAAUUUUACUAAAACGGUCGUUGCGGCAGCCGUUGAGAGGGCGCUGACUGAGAAUGAAUUCGUCGAUGACGAGGAAAUGGGCCGGUUAGCGAGGGAAAUGUCGAAUGUUUUCGCGUAUAACACCACCACAACAGAGAACUUCACCCCGGAGAUGUGGGCAGCGACGUACUGGAAGAGUGAGCGACCGGAUAUGAAAGCGAGCCGACUGGAAAGUGUCCUAGGUCAAAAUCGGGCUUGGGUGAGCCAGAAGAUGUACGCUGACUACGGAUAUACCAUAAAUACAAAACUUUCUUCGGCGUUCAACCAAGCUUAUGACGAGUUGAUUCAGUCUGGCGAGGAGAUGUACUGGGACGAUAAGGUUCUACUGAGACCGAUGCCAAUGUAUCGUGUCAGUCUCGACGCCCUCCGUCCAAAUGCACUGAUUUGCAAUGGGGAAGCUAUUAUUACGAGCAGUAGUGCCGAUUACACCGUGGUGGCGAAUGUCGGUGGGGCCUUGUCUGACGAUGGACCUCAAGCUACUACAGCGAAACCCGAGAUCAAGACAUUCACCGUCUCGAAAGCGGGCACUCGUUGGCAGGCUCGCAAUGCGGAUAACUUGUGGGCGUUCAACAACGAAAACAUCGUCGCCACCCUUCUGGACGCCAAUGACGAGCCGUUUGACCAGUUCGCCGUAACAACCAGUAACUUUACCGGCGAGUUCUACCUAACCUUGCCACGAACCAGUGGCUACAGCAUUGUGUUCGAGGUCAACCAGUACUAUCCAAUCACGCUGCGGAAUUUCUCCGGCAGCUUCAGUUCAACCGGGGAGUUCUUGCACAUGGAACCGUUGCUAUUUAUUCCCACUUACCGGGGAACUGGGGCCGGCCGAACAGGAGGAACCGUGCAUUUGGUUAAGGGCAAUCAAAAUGAGACCAAAGCAGGCAUCCAAGUCGAGCUGCGCGCGGGACGAUACAAUUUGACCGGGCCCGUAGCGGCUACUGCUUACACGGCGGAAAACGGAACGUGGUUAGCCGAACUGCCGAGCGGUCACUACACCGUCACAAUCAGUGCACCCGACACCGAUUACGCUGCACCGCCGCUCAGUGUUGUGGUGGUACCGAAAGCUGAUAAAUGGCGUGAUUGUGUAAUGACCCAACCGAUGGAUAACGAUGAAAUCCGAAUUAUCUUGCGAGCCACAGGAUAUGAUGCGUAUGACGUGAAGCUGCUGGUCUCGGGACCAUUGGAAAACAGCAAAGAACGUGCGGUGGUACAAGCUAAUGCAAACAUCAGCGCGGACGGCUGGAUGGUCUACGACAAUGUGGACACAAUGUUCGGCAGUGUUCUCAUCAAGAAACAAUUGCCGGGCGUCUAUCGCAUUCAGGUCAACGAAAACAACUACCGCCAGUACAAGGCAGACGCUGAUUGGAAUUUGGCGAACUCGCAGUCUACGGUGCAGAUCUACCGUGGCAACCACCUAUGGGCGCAGUACUAUGUACCAGUCUCUAAUGGAAACAAGUGGGUUGUGGCGGAAUUCAACGACUUCCGCCUCAAUGUCAUUAAUGAAGUCAAGCUAGACAUCUAGUCUGAUGUUUGCGCUUCUAAGGUAUUCACAUCGCUUUAAAUGUGCUUGAGCUUUCUUCCCCGCCAGCUGAAGGAAUGUCUUGUUUACGAGUCAGACGGCGGGUAUCAUAUCUGUGCUAUGAAGUAAUCAAAUAGCUUGCGGAGGUUGCUGUUUUGUGUAGUUUUAAAUGUCUGAUAAACAGAAUGUAAAAACCGCAAUAAGGAGAGAAAAUUCGAUAAUAAAGCGGUACC